UGCCGCUAUAACACGAGGGUGCAGCCGGGAGGCAGUGCCUGUGCUGGACCUGUCCACAGGGAGUUCUCGUCCUUCUCAGGCGUGACCACAGAAACAGCCCACCUCCACCAUGUCUGACGAGGAAGUUGAACAGGUUGAGGAGCAGUACGAGGAGGAAGAAGAGGCCCAGGAGGAGGAAGCAGAAGUCCAGGAGGAAGCCCCUGAAGUUCAUGAACCAGAGGAGGUCCAGGAAGAGAGGAAGCCAAGACCCCAACUCACUGCUCCUAAGAUCCCGGAAGGGGAGAAAGUAGACUUUGAUGACAUCCAGAAGAAGCGCCAGAACAAGGACCUCAUGGAGCUGCAGGCCCUCAUCGACAGCCACUUCGAAGCCCGGAAGAAAGAGGAGGAGGAGCUGAUUGCCCUCAAAGAGAGGAUCGAGAAGCGCCGGGCGGAGAGGGCUGAGCAGCAGAGGAUCCGUGCAGAGAAGGAGCGUGAGCGCCAGAACCGCCUGGCGGAGGAGAAGGCCCGGAGGGAGGAGGAGGACGCCAAGAGGAGGGCCGAGGACGACCUGAAGAAGAAGAAGGCCCUGUCCUCCAUGGGGGCCAACUACAGCAGCUACCUGGCCAAGGCUGACCAGAAGAGAGGCAAGAAGCAGACGGCCCGGGAGAUGAAGAAGAAGAUCCUGGCCGAGAGACGCAAGCCCCUCAACAUCGACCACCUGGGCGACGACAAGCUGAGGGACAAGGCUAAGGAGCUCUGGGAAACCCUGUACCAACUCGAGACGGACAAGUUUGAGUUUGGGGAGAAGCUGAAACGCCAGAAAUAUGACAUCAUGACCCUCCGGGCCAGAGUGGAGAUGCUGGCCAAGUUCAGCAAGAAGGCCGGUGCCACCGCUAAGGGCAAAGUCGGUGGGCGCUGGAAGUAAAGGGCCAGGAGGUCCCGCGGCAGAGACCCGGCCCCGGCGCACUCCAGCACCAUCGCCCCAACACUCGUGCCCAGGCUGCUUCUGGGGUUCCGGGACGCCGCCGGGGGUGGAGGGCCCCGCUGGAGCACCCCCUUGUCUCUGCCGUCCCAGUCCCCACCCUCUGGGGUCUGUGAAUAAAGCCAGCAGACCCCCCUCCA